GUUUCCGGAAGUGUGAGGCGCCGGGAGGCUGCAUAUCGGCAUAUAAACAACAACAACAAUAAAUAACCUAUUUAUCCGUAAGAACUGAUGGAGAGCUAUGAGGAGUUUUGUGUGAAGACUCUGUCGCGCGUGCACGCGGAGAGUGGAUGCAGCGCACGGCACGGCCACACGGGGGCGCAAUCCUCUUUCCGCUUCCACGGCAGGCACGCGCUUCUGCCCAGGCUCAGUGAAGAGCAGCGUGUUGAGAUGUCUGAACAGAGGCAGAAAGCAGUGCAGAGAGAGUGUGAGAGACACACACUGAGACUCGGGUCUCUGCAUGAUCGAGUGCAGGAGGUCAUCAAACACAUACAGUUGCAAAAGGAACAGGAUGAAGAUAAUCAGGCUCCAGAUGCUCUAUGUACUAAAAGAACACAAACAGAUGAGCAGACGAAUACAAGCUUCCUCUUAAACCGUACUGCACAGCGGAAAGAGACCCUGCGAAUCCUGAACAGCCACAUUAAGAGAGUGAGAAAACAAAAUGAGGAAAAAGAAGAGGGGGAGAUUCAGCCAGGCCGUACUGGAGAGAUUCGAAUGGGAAUUAGGGAUUUAAGGCAUGCAGAGAUGCAAAGUGGCAAGAAAAAGGAAAGUAAAAAGCCUGCCUUUAAUAUGGAGAAUGGAAGCUGCAGAACGCUAGAGCAUCUACCAGUGAGGGAGUGUAGUAACAGCCUGAUAUGCAGUGCUGAUGUUGAUCUGAGGUCACCUCACUCAUUACUGAAUGGACUUACUAAAUGUGCAAGUAUAAUGGAGUCUUAUGCACAGUUACCAAGUCCACCAAGACACUAUUCAUCCAAAAUCUCUGUUCCCAUUAUUGAGUCAGAAGGUCAUCCUUAUAGCUUUAAUGAACCAGUUCAAAGCUCUAAUCGAGGAGCAAAAGUUUCUGUAGAACAGCCAACUAUACCAGCAUCUUCUGGUAUGGAGUGCAACUGCAGCGGCACUGGAUUAACAAAAACAGGCAAUAAUUUAUCCACUUCUUUUACUCUCAGUAGCUUAACGUUGAGCAGACCAAUCGACAUGCUUAAUACAGCCCAGCCAGAAAUCCUUAAAAAAAUGGAAACCCAACAUAACCACUGUGGAACUCAUCAACGCUUCCCUCCAGCUCCACUCAAUCAGUCCUACGAUGUGGAAAGUCCAUCACCAACACUGCUCAGGUCACUGCUUAGCUCAGGCUCAGAGGAGUCAGAGACCUUCAUUAGAUGCAGGAUGGAGCUGGUAAGACAGUUAAAGCACAGAAUAAACCAGGAGCAUGUGGCUACAGCUGAUAUUCUCCAGGAUAAAACAGAAGGUGAUGUCCAGGUAUUAGAAAGUCCAUGUGAGCGACUGAAAAUCUCAGCCAAAGCCACAACACAGGAACAAGGGACACAGCAACAACAGUUGCAGAAACAGCAGAAGGCAGCCUGUCGUCUAACUGCUGCAGCCCGAGCUUUCCUCACACGCAGACUUCUACAAACAGAGAAAAUUAAACACCUGAAGAAAACCAUACAGGACUCCAGGGAGGUCAUUCGCUAUUUUCAGGCAGAUACGCACAAGAGGAGAGCUUCCUUCACUAUGCAGGAUCUCAAACUGCAGAAGAGAGUCAGAGCACAGCUGCACACUGCUGUGUGUGAAAUGCAUGAGAUCCUUUUUGUGUGGCCUGUGAGAGACAGAAUAGCGUUACUGCAACAGGACCGAAAGAGACACAGUGAGAAAAAGGAAAAAGCAGAGAGUGAACAAAAUACACCAUGCCAGCCGUCUGUUACCCAGAAUUCCAAGGGCUACCUAAAACAGAGGGUCCUGCAGCCGACUCGAUGCAGGAAGGCACCAAGCCUUUCUCAGAAACGUAAACCAGUGAGAGUAAUGAGGAGGACUACAGACCAGUUCAGAUCUCCUCAGUCCCUGGGCUAAAUAUAAAGUCUAGGGUGACUUCACCUCAAUUGUUUACUUCAAAUCUAUUACAUUCUAAUGACAAACUGAACAAUGUAACUACAUUACAUAAAUAUGGUCUGGAAAUCCUAGAGCCUUUAACGCCAAUCUACUAAGUACUAAAUUAAAAUAGUAUACUGUAUAUUUUAUUAAAACUGCAGAGUCUGCAUGAUUUUGAACCUUAUGCUAUCUUCUUCUUCUUC